CUUUUGGUCCACCACACUGGUUCUUUACUGGAAGAUGUACCUCAAGAAAUAAGACAAGUUAUCCAAUUAUGCUAAUCACUAAAUUCUAAUGAACAACUGCUCAAGGUCACCAGAUCACUGGAACAACAGCCCUCCUCACUCACGCUGCUCUGAAUGGUCCCCUGUUUAGACGCUAGCCCCACAGUAAAAACCUUUUUCUCUAUAUCUGUUAUAUUUGACUAAUAUAUCCUAAAUCUACGUCCUUCCUUACACUUACAUGUCCAAAGAGUAUCUACCGGUUAGCUACAGUACUAACAACUGAACUGUACAUUCCGAUUUUAUCGAAAAUAUCACAUAUAUCAAUCUUCACAUCGAACUAUUUUUAAUUAUUCAUAUUGUUACCAUGUCAACGAAUGAUUCUUCUGAUUCAGAUCAUAUUCAAGAAUUAGAAAUGGAAUUUUUAUUUUCUAUUUAUGAUCAUAAUCAAAAUCAUUGUCUAUUAGAAUAUGAUAAAUUAUCACGAUGUGGAUCUUUCACAUUUUAUCCACAAUAUAAUAAACCUAUUCAAUUAUAUGGACCAUUUAUAAAUAUUAAAUUAAAAAAUAAUAAUCCAAUAGAAUGUUUAUCGAAUACAAUUAAUCAAUCUUAUUGUUAUGAUAUACAAUAUUUACCUAUAAUCAUUAUGAAAUUUAUACUUCCAUUUGAAUAUCCUAAAUCUAUUCCUAGAUUCAUUGUAUCUUCUAUAUGGUUACCAUUAUCUAUUCUUAAUGAAUUAACUUGUAAAUUAAUAGAGAUAGCUAAUAAUCACUUAGGUGAAAUGACAUUAUUACCAUGUAUUGAUUAUUUACAAAAUGAAUAUAUUUAUUAUUUUAUUGAAAGAUUUCAACAAAAUCUUCAAUUGAAUUCUUUUGAUCUAUUUAAAUUUUAUCAUGAUUAUAAAUUAGAAUUGAAUUUAUCUAUUCAUGAUCUUUGUUAUUUAUUAUUAUCUAAUAAUAAUGAUCGUAUUUAUAUAGAAUUUAAUGAAUCAUAUAUAGAAUGUAAUGUAUGCUUUGAAAUAAAAAAAGGGAAAUUAUUUAAACAAUUUAUAAAAUGUAAAUGUUUAAUAUGUCAAAAUUGUAUUAUAGAAAGUUUUAAACUAUCAAUUAAUGAAUCAUUAUUUAAUGGACCUUUAAAAUGUUUACAAUGUGGUGAUGAAGUGAAUUAUACAGAGAUUCGUUAUAUUUUACCUGAAGAUAUAUACAAGAAAUACGAAUCUUUAGUAUUAAAACGAGGUUUGGAUAUUAUGCCAGAUAUUGUCUAUUGUCCUAGACCACAAUGUGAAUUCCCAGUGAUUUUGGACUCGGAAAAUCUUGGCCGAUGUCCUAAAUGAAAACUAGAUAAUGUAUCACAAGAAGAUAAUGAACUAAUUCUACGUCGUUUACAAGAAAAUGAAGAGUCAGAGAAAUUAAUUUCAGAAAAGUAUAAACUUUGUCCAGGUUGUUGGACACCAUGUGAAGCUUAGAACCGGUAAUAACCUUAGAAGAACUACAGGCGGAUAAUGCUGGUGAGCGUCGUAUACGCCUUCACUGGGACUAACAAGCGUAAGUAAGUUAGAAAAGAAUUUUUCUCCUAGAAAUACAAUUUGUAAUUCUAAAUUAAAAAAAAGAGAAAAAAAACAAAAAAAAUUUUUAAAGCGGUCAAAUCAAUUUCACCAAAUAGUUUUAGCUUUCAUCUGAUUACAUUUCAAUGAAUUAUCAUAACCUAAAUAGUAUGAUACAGGUUGUAAUGUAUAAUUGGAUAUAUAAUGAUAAGUCGAAGCAGAAGAAGAAGAAGAUGCAGGUGUUGAAGAAGGUGACGAAGAUGAAGGAUGUUCUAUUCCAGUUGAUGAUAAAUGUUGAAUAGUCUUAUUCAUUGAAUUAUUUACUGUAUACCAUUGUAUAAUAAAUGUAUUCGCACCUUGAUUCAUUGCUAAACAUAUAUUCUCUGGUAAAUGAUUGAUAUUCAUUAUUGUAAUAAAAUCAAUAUAACCUUGUAUAGCAUUACCUUUAUGGAUAUAAUAUUGAGAAAUAGGUAUCUCUAUUGCAUUAUUAUUAUUAUUAUUAUUAUU